UUGCUUCUUCUUCUUCUAUUCUCUGUUUCCUUUAUGUUUUGAUGAGAGAGAUAUCAAGGACGAGAGUUUCUUCUCCCUCUGAUCAUCAUCGCCCAAAGGGUUUAGCUAUUGUAAUGGAUGGAGAAAACCCAAGGGUUCAGGAGUCAAGCUCAUCAAUAGUGGCAACCACUAGUGGUGGGAGAACUGAAUGGGUUCCCCAAAUAUUUUCCUCUGUACCAACCCUGGAUGACGCUGCUUCUUAUAUUUCAGAGACUAAAGCUCUACUUAUUCGCUGUUUCUCUGAUUAUACAGUGUCUUCUUCAUCAAAAGACUGUAAAGAGGCGGACACGGUUAAGCUUUUGGAUGGAUCCAGUACUUCAACUGAUGCUCCAUCUAUUCCUGAUGGGACCUUAAUGAACUCAGAUAAAACUAUUCGUCAAGAAGCACUUACAUUGGCACAAACUUCUCAAAAUGGUCUAACUGGAUUUUCUCUUUUUCAAGGACUUAUGGAACGAGCAAGGAGGACAGUACGUGGUUCAGCAGAUGAUAUAGGAUGGAUGAAACAUGAUCCUGCAUUCCCUCCUGUUGAAGAUGGUACUGGAAGAUUUAUGGAAAUUGUUGAUGACAUAAGGCAUGGUUUACACAAAUUGCCGAAUUCAAUGAUUUACUUAUUGAUUCCAGGUCUUUUCAGCAACCAUGGACCACUUUACUUUGUGAACACAAAAACAUACUUCUCGAAGUUGGGGCUGACCUGUCACAUUGCCAAGAUCCAUAGUGAGGCUUCAGUUGAGAAAAAUGCGAUAGAAAUAAAAGAAUGUAUUGAGGAAAUCUACUGGGGUUCCGGGAAGCCUGUCUUGCUUCUAGGGCAUAGCAAAGGUGGGAUAGAUGCAGCGGCUGCUUUGUCCAUGUAUUGGACUGAUUUAAAAGAUAAGGUUGCUGGUCUUGCAAUAUCUCAGAGUCCAUAUGGAGGUAGCCCCAUUGCUUCAGAUAUUUUAAGGGAAGGACAGCUUGGGGAUUAUGUAAAUAUUAGGAAAAUGAUGGAGAUCCUAAUAUGUAAAGUCAUGAAGGGUGAUAUUCAAGCAUUAGAAGACCUGACGUAUGAGAAGAGAAAGGAGUUCUUGAGGAAACACCAUUUGCCACGAGAGCUACCAGUUGUUUCAUUCCACACGGAAGCAAGUAUCACCCCCUCAGUUCUAACCAUGUUAUCUCAGGUGGCUCACGCAGACGUACCACUCUCAGCUGGGCAACCGGCUAAACUACCUGUAUUUAUACCCUUGGGUGCUGCAAUGGCUGCUUGCGCUCAACUGCUUCAGAUCAGGUAUGGAGAAAAGAGUGACGGGGUCGUGACUCGCAAAGAUGGAGAGAUUCCUGGAUCUUACGCUGUUCGGCCUAGCCAUAAGAUGGACCACGGGUGGAUGGUUUAUUCAUCCAUGAGUGGUGAUAAUCCAAAGGAAGCUAACUCAUCUCAGUUGUGUGAGGCUUUAUUGUCAUUACUUGUCGAAGUUGGUCAGAAGAAAAGAGUUGAACUUAGUAUGAAGGAGGAAUAAUUGAGGUUGUGAUUUUCUUUUCUUUGACACGGGUUAGGUAGUCAUAUUCAAUUUAUGUACAUUCUUUUGAUGAUUUAGAUUCGGAAUGUUGAUCUUCUUUAGUAGGUAGUAGUAGUAAUGUAAGCCCCCAACCGAACCAACUGUUCUUGUAUAUGAACGAACGGUGGUGGUGGUCGUGUUUUUCGGGGUUUCUGUCAGUUCAUUGUCCAUUAGUAUUAUUCUAAUGGAGGUUGGUUUAGAUUCUUAUGAUGUAUAAUUUUGACUUUUUUUUUUAAUAUUGAAUUCAGUCUUUGAAUGA